AUUAGAGUAGCUAUACUGUCAUUUUCCUUAAGGUUGACCAAAGAGAACCUAGAAUCACAGCUCUUACAUGGUCAUACAAAAUGAUCAUAUAAGUCAGAGCUAGUUUAUCACCAUCAUUUAUAAAAACAGACCUAGGGAGAGAGUGGGACAUCCGGCUUUGGAGUGGUAACCUUUGUUGCGCCCGCAACGAAAAAGAGCAUUAAAUAUGGAUGAUACUGAGAAAGGCAAGAAGAUUUUUGUUCAGAAGUGUUCCCAGUGCCACACUGUGGAAAACGGAGGCAAGCACAAGACUGGGCCUAAUCUCCAUGGUAUCUUUGGGCAGAAGACGGAUCAGGCCACUGGAUUCUCUUACACUGACUCCAGUAAGAACAAAGGCAUCACUUGGGGAGAGGAUACACUGAUGGAGUAUUUGGAGAAUCCCAAGAUAUACAUCCCUGGAACAAAAAUGAUCUUUGCCGACAUUAAGAAGAAGGGAGAAAGGGCAGACUUAAUAGCUUAUCUUAAAAAGCUACUAAUGAAUAAUAAUUGGCCACUGCCUUAUUUAUUAAAACAAAUGUCUCAUGACUUUUUUAUGUGUACCAUACUUUAAUAGAUCUCAUACACUGGAAUUUCCAUCAUGAAUGACAGAAUGUUUUGUUGUGAAGUCCUGAUUUAAAACUAAGACUGACUUGUGGUUAAAUUAAUAUGUUCAGUUUUUAAAUUUUAAUAGUAAUUCCAAUUUAGUAAAUGCUGUCACUGUUUACUCCUUCUAAAGAUAUGAUUAGACUUUGUUAGUAAUGUUAAACUUUUCACAAAGAGGGUGAGUGCCAUCUUAAAACUUACUGGAGAUUGUUUUUAUAUUUAGAUUUAUAUAACUGGUUAUGUGAAUAUAUUUAAAUAUGGGGGAAAUUCCUUCACUGUCUCAGAACCAAGCAAGAUUCACCUGUGUUUUGUGUUCAUUUGCCUCUUAAAGGCAAGGGUUGAAGAUAAAUGGGUAGCAAUGGCUACUUUAUAUUUUGGGCUUAACUGUGCCAAUCUAAUUAGAAUUCCCCGUAUUUAAAAUGGCUCCUUUUACCUAUUGAAAGGCAUUUUAGUGUGGUUUAUGUAUAAUAUCAAAAAUUAUUUAA